AUAUUAUUAAUCAAUUUGGGGCUGUAUUUGGUUCAGAAGGCUAAACCAUAGGAUUAUGAUCGAUUCUUUAAUCUUGGAUUUAAUCUCGAAACCAAGUCAUUUUUAUUGUUUCCGGGCAUGAACCGACUUUGAUAACCGGUUUGUACCGAAAGCGGUCAAACGUAAACCGGAUCAGACUAUCAUACGGUCCGCUAGACAAAAACCAGAGCCACAUAAACGGCAGUGUGAGAGUGGAACAGAGAUGAGAGCUCUAACAUCGUCGCCGACGGCGAUAGCGGCGUCAACGGUUAUUCUCAAUCGGCCGAGCGGCCGGAAAAGUUCGAUCUGCGUCAGGGCCACGGCGGCGCCGUCGGGGAGUGCGGCGGUUUCCGGCGGAGGAGUGGAGGCGUUGGAGGUGGUGGAGAUCCGAGAGAGGAGCAAAAAAUGGCAGUGGAAGAGACAAUACUCGAUCAAUUACUUGGAGAUGGGUUCGCCGGAGGAGUCAUGUCCGGCGAGUCAGACGGUGGUCCUCGUUCAUGGGUUUGGCGCUUCAAUUCCUCAUUGGCGCAGAAACAUAAGUGUGUUGUCGAGAAGCCAUACCGUCUACGCCGUUGAUCUUCUCGGAUUUGGUGAUUCAGACAAACCACCUGGUUUUAUGUACACAAUGGAGACAUGGGCCGAGUUGAUACUCGAUUUCGUGGAGGAAGUGGUCCAGAGACCGACUGUUUUGAUUGGAAACUCAGUCGGAAGCCUGGCUUGUCUAAUCGCUGCUUCAGAACCAGAAAGACAAGAAGAUUUAGUGAAAGGUCUUGCUCUGAUGAACUGUGCUGGUGGAAUGAACAACAAAGCCGUUUUCGAUGACUGGAGGAUCAAGCUUUUGAUGCCUUUGCUCUUGUUCAUCGACUUCUUGCUGAAGCAACGGGGAAUAGCUUCCGCCAUCUUCAACCGUGUUAAAGACAGGGAGAAUCUGAAAAAUAUCUUGAUGAAUGUCUAUGGGAACAAGGAGAAUGUGGAUGACACCUUGGUAGAGAUAAUCGCGGAACCAGCAAACAGAGAGGGUGCAUUGGAUGCAUUCGUAUCGAUCUUGACCGGUCCACCGGGUCCAAACCCGGUUAAGCUGAUACCGAAUCUAACCAUACCGGUUUUAGUCCUCUGGGGCGACAAAGACUCGCUCACACCGCUCGAUGGUCCUGUCGGAAAGUACUUCUCGUCCUUACCAGGUCAGUUGCCGAACUUUAGCCUCUACGUUUUAGAAGGCGUGGGGCACUGUCCGCAAGAUGACCGUCCGGACCUUGUCCAUGAACGUCUGCUUCCUUGGCUUUCGAAUCUCCCCUCUUCUUAGUAUUGUUUCUCUUACACAACGUUUGAACUUAUACUUUGCAUAUUAUUAGAUGUAUAAUUUGAUUUAAUUGCAUAUCUUUUAUGAUUUAGAGGAUAUAAAACGUAUUAAUGUUUGGACAUAUAUCUAGGAAUAAAAGUGUAUAUUCCUA